AUGUCCCAACCGAGCCUUGCCCCCUUCAUUAGAUCGCGGCCGUGGCUGAAGCGAUGGAUGGUGCCCUUCGCAAACUGGUAUGCUAGUGCGCAGGGCUACCGAAAACUUGGGUUGAGAGCCGACGACCUGAUUCCUGAAGAGAAUGACACUGUCCAGCUGGCCUUGAAGCGAUUGCCACCCAAGGAAGCCUACGAUCGUGUCUUCAGGCUCAGGCGAGCCUUCCAGGCAUCGCUGUCACAUCAGUUGCUACCACCCGAGGAGCAUACAAAGCCAGAAGAGGAUAUCGCAUAUCUGGGCCCCAUCAUCACCGAGAUUGAAGCAGAGAACCAAGAACGAGACGACCUGGAGGAGAUGUUUGUACCGAAGAGAAAGCAAGUCGCUGCGUCGGCCAAAAAAUCGCACUAG